GACUACUCCUGUCUGGCUUUGUGUAGAGGAGAGGGGAAUCACGCCAUCGAAACAGAACAUGCCUUAAAUUACAAAAAAAAGUUCAAGUAAACGAGGAAAAGAUAGAAUAUUUAGAACAAUCCGUUAGAGUUUUUAUCUGGAAACGGUUGGAUGAGAUUUGGCCGUGGCGGAAUGCAGAAGCGAAUCUCACCGUUUGCGGCGUUUGUGUUUCUUUUGCCGGGACUCUCCCUUUCAGACGCCUGUAAUAAAGCAUUGUGUGCCAGUGAUGUCAGCAAGUGUUUAAUUCAGGAACUGUGUCAGUGCAGACCAUCGGAUGGCAACUGCUCCUGCUGUAAGGAGUGUAUGCUGUGCCUGGGUACACUGUGGGAGGAGUGCUGUGACUGUGUAGGCAUGUGUAACCCGAAGAACUACAGCGACACUCCGGCUACCUCUAAGAGCACAGUAGAGGAGCUGUACAGACCCAUUCCGUCACUCUUCAGGGCCCUCACUGAGGGUGAAGCUCCCAUCAAUAUGAUGGUGGUGUCUUUUCCUGUGGCCGAAGAGCUCUCUUACCAUGAGAACCUGGUCUCCUUCCUAGAGACCAUGGAAGAACAGCAUCAGAACAUCUCACUCCCAGGCAACAGCAUUCAUAGCAGUUAUGAUAACACCCAAGACAAUAUGUGCACAGUGGUGUAUUUUGAUGACUGUGUGUCGAUUCGUCAGUGCAAGCAAUACUGCGAGUCCAUGGGGGGAUCAAAAUACCGCUGGUUUCACAACGCGUGCUGUGAAUGCAUCGGGCCAGAGUGUGUCGACUAUGGCAGCAAAGCAGUCAAGUGUAUGAAUUGCCUCUUCUGAAUGUGGACCACUCAAAUGCCACUCGGAUGCCACUCAGAGUGAUCUGUGUGGCAACACUUGUGCCAGUAGAGGGUGCCAUUACAGGACUGCAGUGAUAGGAGGUUGACCUGAAAAAAGAUGCUUCAAUCAUGUAAAACCCUGUUUUGUUUUUCUUCCCUUGUGUUAAAUUUUGUGUUUUUUAAUAGUUUCUUGGCAAAGAUAUAUGGAUUGUCCUUUUUAAGAUGCUUUUCUUAAAUGUAAUUUUGCAUAGCUAGUUGCUCUUCAAAUGAUAGCAGGUAGUAUGUCAAAUGCUUUUAAUCAUGUAAGAGAGACUUCCACACAGAUACUAUUACAAAUGUAUAUACUUAAGUCAUGUUCAUUCUAAUUUAACCUAGUAGUCUACAUUUGGUUCAUAGACAAUAUGAAUACCUUAACUUGAUAUAGGGGCCUCAGCCAGAGCUAGAUCAGAGCUCCUGUUGUGCAGUGUAACUAGACCAGUAGGUUCUAUGACAAUCCUCAGGGUGAGACUUUAGUUCUAACUAAAACAUGCCAAUGUCUGAUGCUUCUAGCCUUCUUAUACUGACUAUUUUAUGUAUGUAUAUCAAGGAUGCUGUUUACAGCAUUGUAUUAGAAUGCUCACUCAUUUUCUGCCACUCAGUAAUGCUCAUUUAAAAAAAAAAAAAAAAAUCAAUUCUGGUUAUAGAAUUGUGUGAGAGGAAUGAUGAUCACUACCUACAGCCUAACAUUUUCCUCCUGCUAUGAUGGAGUUGAUUGAGUAAACAAUAAAUAAAAGCCUCACCAAGAAAUCCAUUACAAGUUAAGUAGUUUCAGGGCAUUUUUAAAACUGCUUCAAUCAUACUGUUUAGGUACACCAUCAUUAGUUUAAAUGGCCAUAAUUUUUUAUAUAUCAUGUUACUUUUUUGUUUUGUCUGUACAAUGUUCAAAUCUAUUCAUUUGAUCUAUUCAUUCUAACUAAAAUACAGUUUGGAUCAUACAUAUGCCCCAUAUUCAGCUAGUUUCAGUAAGUAGGUGUCAGCCCAGCCUUAAAAAGACAACCAGCUGGAUUGCUUGAUUCUGGGUCACAUUUAUAACCUUUACCUACACUUUUCUGCCCUCUUAACUUUUUUUUUUUUUUACUUUCGAUCUACAACUGCAUCUGCUGCACACUGCACUCAGCAGUCUUUAACAACUGAAGCUGGAUGCACAUUAAGUUUUACAAGUAUGGCUGUAUGUGUGGUAGAAAUGUCUCUUGUACUGCAACUGUGCAGUACAACGCAGUGAGCUUCUGUAACCAAGAACAAAUUCUUUGUAUGCAUGAGCAUACUUGGCCAAUAAAUCCUGAUUCUGACA